AUGGCAUCAAGACAAGCAACUAAACGUUUAAAUAAAGAAUAUAAAUCAAUACAAGCUAAUCCACCACCAUAUAUAAUUGCUCAUCCAUCAGAAGAUAAUAUUCUUGAAUGGCAUUAUGUUUUAACUGGACCACAAGAUACUCCUUAUGAAGGAGGUCAAUAUCAUGGAUUACUUCGAUUUCCAAGUCAAUAUCCUUUCCAACCACCAUCUAUAUUAAUGAUUACUCCUAGUGGUAGAUUUCAACCUAAUACUAGAAUUUGUUUAUCAAUGUCAGAUUAUCAUCCUGAUACUUGGAAUCCUGCUUGGUCAGUACUGACAAUUUUAACGGGGAUGUUAUCAUUUUUCACAGGAGAAGAAUCAACUACUGGAUCAAUUAAUACUUCAAUAAAUCAUCGGAAAUUAUUAGCAAUAAAAUCUAAAAAAUUUAAUGUUGAUAAUGAUAGAUUUCGUAGAGAAUUUCCUGAUUUAGUUAAACAAUAUCAUGAUGAAAUAGUUGCUGAGAAAAUUAAGUUGCAACAACAACAAAAAGAGGACCAGCAACAAAAAGAGGAAGAACAACAACAAAAGGAACAAUUGGCAAAUUUGGAAGAUUUAGAUCCUGAAGAUAGAAUUCGAGUAAUGCAACAACUAGAACAAAAACAAAAACAACAAAAACAAGAAAAUGAUAACGAUAAUGAUCUAGAUCAAAAUAAUGAUAAUUCUAAUAGAAUGUGUGUUAUUAUGUAA